AAAAUUACGUCUAUCUGACAGCUCAAAGAUUGUAAACAACGUAAUUUGCAAAGAAAUAUUUUGUCAAGUUGUCGAUUUCUUUUUCUAAUUUUCACCAUGUCUCACUCGAUGAAAACGUUCAAAGAAAGAAGAACUUUCAGCCAAAGAGAAAAGGAUGUGGAAUCAAUUAGAAAUCAGCAUCCAGAGAAAAUCCCAGUAAUUAUUGAAAGAUAUGACAAUGAGAAGAAUCUUCCCAUGUUGGAUAAGACCAAGUUUCUGGUUCCUGACAAUGUCAACAUGUCAGAAUUGGUUAAAAUCAUCAGACGUAGAUUACAGUUACAUCCAAGUCAGGCUUUCUAUCUCUUGGUCAAUAAUCAUAGUAUGGUCAGUAACACAGCUCCUAUUUCACAAGUCUAUGAACAAGAGAAAGACCAAGAUGGCUUCCUGUACAUCGUUUACGCAUCACAGGAAACAUUUGGUUAAACUUUUUCUUCAAUCAGUAUUGGUAUACAAGAUGUCAUAUCUGAGAUGUAUGUGUGUGUCCUAAACUUUUACUUUUAAAUCAGAAAUAUGAAAGUGCCAUGGAAUUUGGAAGAUUUUUAAAGCAUCUUUUGUUUUGUUAUUGCUUAAGAAAAUGUUAUGGAAUAUUCACAACUAAAUGGCAUUAAGUGUUAAUUGGAAUUGUUUGAUUCAAGUGUUAUUUAGUUAUUAUUAUUCUCAGUCCAAUGUAAUGCUUCAGUAAAGAUUUAAAUGGAUUUUCUUUUUCAAGAGAUAAUACUUUUUAUGCAGCAGUUUAAAAAAAUUACUAAUUAUUAGUUUUCAAAAUUACCUUAAGUUGCUUUAAUUAUAUUGACUUUGCAGGAGUUUAAAAAAUUGAUAUUAAAAGUAUAUUGAUUAUAUUAGUUGAAUAAUGCUCCAAAAGCAAAGGAGCAUUUUGCAUUUUAUCUUUAAAGGGAUAAGUAGGCCAUUUUUUGACCAAUCAUACUUUAGUCUCAGAAACUGGAAUUUUUAAGCUGAGCUAAUCAGUAAUAAUGUUCACAGCUCACUGCGAAAUUUGAGCCUUUAAAUCCAUGUGUGUCUCGAAUUAUCCGCAUUUGAAUGUUAAAAUGACAAAUUUAAGAUAACCUGUGAUAUAUAGAACAGACAUUUAUUGAAAUAGUGAAUAAAAUUUAUAGUUUGAAGUAUUUUUAAAGGAAUUAGUGAUUUUCGUACUUUUGGAUACUAUUUACAUAUAUUCAAGACUAAAAUCAACCCCCAAAAUGGCACACCGGUCUUUUUCAUUGACACUUCUAAAUUUAAAUAUGUUUGAUUUUUAAGUUAUUUACUGUAUAUGAGAGAGUAUGAGUGUUAAUAUUAUUGUUGUAUGGUUUCAUUUUAUUUCUUUUUCAUUAUCUACAAUUUAAAAUAUUUUAUCAUUCUCCCUUUAAAGGGACACUUCACCAAUCGUACUGAAGUCCCAGAAACAGUAAUUAUUUGGCUAAGCUAAUCAGUAAUUGUCUUCAAAGCUUUUCAUGAGCCUUCAAGGGAAUACAGAAUUAUCCACAUUUGAAAGUUAAAAUGACAACCUUUUUUUUUCUUGUUACUACUAAGCGAUUUUUAUGCAUAUAUUUCCAAAUCAACCCCUGAAAAUUGUGAACCAUAGCCUUUAAGGCUCUCUUUGUGUUUAACUGUUGUAAUCUGACAUAAUUUACUAUGGGUUUCAUGAAUUGUGUAUAUUUUGUUCAAGUGAAAUUAAAAUAAUUAAUAUUAU